UUUGUUUGUUUUAUUAGGUGGGUAGUAUCGGACGAGGUGCUUUCAGCAAGGCAUCCCCAUCAAGCUUUGCGAUUGAUGGGGAUGCCGGUAUGGGCGGGGACCCAUACGAGAUGGAAUUCGUAAUCGCGACGGGGCUGGUGGCUAAUGGCCUCCGCAAUGUCGCGGACGAUAGCGAGGGAAGAGUCUGAGAGAUGCGAGAGGGCAGACGGGAUGAAUUUGGAAUCGGUACAAAUGGAAAUAUUGGUGCGAUUGGCGGGGUGUAGAGGAUUGCUCGAAAAGUGGCGACUCCUUCGGCGAUAAAAGUACUAACCAAAAAGGAAAGAAACACUAAAAUCGGAGCGAGGAUCCGAAGAUGUUAAAUCAUGAAGACCCCGUCGUUUAAAAGGUCGGGUUCGAAAAGGCACCGGUGGUUAAUCUCGGACUGAGAGAAUGUCGUCGGACGCUUCUUUGGCUAACAAAGAUCGAGAGGUUAACGGGGAAAGUAAUAAAGGAAAUAAAAAUAAGAACGAAGGAAAUCCGGAAUGCGCGGUUUGUCUCCAGACCAGCAUCCAUCCCGUUCGCUUGCCCUGCAACCACGUCUUCUGUUACCUGUGCGUCAAGGGAGUCACCAACCAGAGCAAGCGAUGCGCCAUGUGCCGUCAGGAAAUUCCCACGGAUUUCUUGGACAAUCCCACCCUCCUGUCCACCAAUAAUUCGGAGCCGGUUCUGACUUUCGAGGACGGACACCAAUGGUUUUACGAGGGACGGAACGGUUGGUGGCAGUACGACGAAAGGACCAGCGUGGAACUGGAAACCGCCUACAAGAGAGGCGAAAAUAGGUGCGAGGUGCUAAUCGCCGGUUUUCUCUACGUCAUCAACUUCGAACACAUGGUGCAAAUGAGACGCUGCGACCCGUCGCGAAGACGCAGGAUCAAGAGAGACUUGGCCACCGUGCCCAAGAAGGGGGUGGCCGGAAUCCGUUCCCUCUGCCAGAGAAACGCCAACGUUUCGGAACGCGACGCGUCGGCGGAAGAAAGCGAUCCGUCGGACAAGAGACAGACGGACGAAACCGACGUCCGCGAAGCCACCGCCGACCUCAACUCUCUGGGACUGGCCCAAAGCGACGAAAGUUCCGACGCCGGACCUCGGUCGGAAAACGGACGCUAAUGCCGGGUCACAAAUUAUUUUGCCGACGUUUCUUUAAUUAAUCCAUUGGGGAACGAUUAGCGGACAGAACGGAAUAAAUUUAAAAAUGCCAUUUCUACGGAGAAGGUCGAAUAAAAUAGUUUCGAAAAUA